ACAUUACUUUUACUAAAUGGCCAAUGGUCGGAGCUUAGUGCUGACCCAUCGGAGAGCACUAUGAGAAGAUGACAACAAGCAGGAUUUAAUCCAGAAAGGAUUCCUUAUCUCUGUGCUAAGAGUCUACUAACUGAGUGUAAGGACCACUGGGAGUACAAGAAUCAAGUCAAGGACACGCUUACUCCCCCUCAGCCUGCAGGAAGAUGGGAGUGAGAGAAUAAAGCUCUGUGGAGUCAAGAGGAGCUUAAUGAAUUCUAAGGAAUCUUAAAAACAGAGGAUCAGGCAACCAUGUGGACACUAGCUGCGACUGUCCACUGUCUCCUGGCUGCUGCGAUGCUAUUGGCUAGCUGCCUCCAAUCGCUGAUGGCCACUGAGGACGACGUCACACCGCGCAUCAGUUUCUCCUACAACGCAAAGGAGAGGUCGGCCAAGAGAUUCUCCGUGGACGGCGUUUUCAAUUACACCUCCCUGCUGCUCAGCCAGGAGGACGACAUGCUUUACGUCGGAGCGAGGGAGGCGCUGUUCGCCCUCAGCCUGUCGGACAUCAGCAAGGCCAAGCUGCAGAAGAACCUGACGUGGGGCACUCCUGCUGGAAAAAGAGAGGAGUGCAGCUUCAAAGGGAAGGACCUGGAGACUGAUUGCUUCAAUUACAUCAAAAUCCUCCUGCGGCUGAACAGCACUCAUCUCUACGUGUGUGGCACUUACGCCUUCAGCCCAAUCUGCGCCUACAUAAACACGUCAACGUUCACGCUGGAGAGAGACGAAGUGGGCGAGGUCGUGAUGGAGGACGGGCGCAGCCGCUGCCCCUUCAAUCCAGAGUACAAAUCCACCGCCAUCAUUGUUGAUGGUGAGUUGUACACCGGUACUGUCAGCAACUUCCAAGGGAACGAGCCUGUCAUUUACAAGAGUUUGGGCCAGGGAACCGCUCUGAAGACGGAGAACUCUUUAAAAUGGCUGCAAGAUCCUGUCUUUGUCGGGUCGGCUUACAUCGAGGAGAGUCAGCCGGUAGGCAACCCCGUAGGAGACGACGACAAGAUUUACUUCUUCUUCAGCGAGGCGGGGAAGGAAUUCGACUUCUUUGACAACACCAUUGUGUCGCGGAUUGCUCGCGUGUGUAAGCUGACGUUUAUGACAGGGCUGCCCUCUGAAACAGUGUUCAGCAAACUGAAUGCUCUGUAA